AUGUCGAAAUCGCCCGAGCCGUCAAAAGGUUGCCCUUCCUGCGAAAUGGAAUGCUGCUACAAGGGACAAGCCCAGUGCCUCAUCGAGGCGCUUCGACUCGCCGUGCAGGGCAACGCAGUUAGAGGAGCAGUCUAUGAAAAAGAGGCAGGCCUCAGGGAUCGAGUGAGCGAGGAACGCGAUCAGCGCCAAGCACAGGAGCGCCAAGCACAGGAGGAGAGGAUGGUGGCACUGGAGCGGGAGGUAGUAACACUAGCGCAGAAGGUGGUGGCACUGGAGCAGAUGGCGGAGGAAAGGGUCGCUCUGAUGGUUGACGGUAGUCGGAACUACGAUGAGCAACCGGAGGGGAGCACGAGCGACGACACGGAAGACGACGAGUACUUUGAUUAA